ACCGGAGUCGUCGAUAUUAAUCAUUCAUUCAAGCUGGCGCAGUUGAAAAUGGCCCAUGCAUACUGACUACAUUUGAGGAGGAGACCAAAGGCUACCGUUUAUAUAAUCCCAAGACGCAGUGUUUCCUGAAGAAUAGAGAAGUGUGUUCCAUCGAUGAAAACAUUGGAGAAAAGAGUUUUCCAUCAAACGAACAGCAAACCCAGUAGUGUUCAAGUGACAGUUUCAAAUGUUACUGCCAUUCGAGAAUAUGAUGAAGCAGAAUAUAAAACUACAGAGGAGAUCUCAGAAGAUGAACACAUCUACCAUGAUCAUUUUAAACUUCACUUCGGUCACAGGUGUUGGGGCGCAGUGAGAGGGAGCACGUAUUUCCAGUUGACUGUCUACGUUGGAUUCAACUGAUUUUCCAUCGAAGUGUUUUCAAAAGGAGAAGAACCUUUCGAUUUGUUGCUCCAGAAUCACUAUGGCAGAAGAAGACGAGACCAAGGAAUAUCGUUGGGAAACGGGUUACGAAAAAACAUGGGAAGCAAUCAAGGAGGACGACGAUGGUCUGGUGGAAGGCUCCGUAGCCGAGAUCAUCCAGAAAGCCAAGCGCAAACGGCAAGCAAUGAAGAAAGGAUACAGCAAACUAGGUAUGAUGCGGCAUCUGUACAUCAUACUGGAUUGCUCCGAGGCAAUGACGGUUCCGGACUUGAAGCCAACCAGAUUCGUUUGUACCCUUAAACUGCUGGAGAUGUUUAUAGAGGAGUUUUUCGAUCAGAACCCUAUUUCGCAACUAGGCGUUAUAGCAAUGAAGGCAAAACGAGCAGAAAAGAUUUCUGAACUGGCCGGCAGCUGUCGAAAGCACAUCAAGGCAGUUAACAAUUUAAGUAAGAUUGCAUUGACCGGUGAGCCUUCACUUCAAAAUGGCCUGGAGCUAGCAUUAAAAACUUUGAAGAUGGUUCCAUCUCAUGCUAGUCGUGAAGUUUUAGUUGUGAUGGGUAGCUUGACAACAUGUGACCCAACAGAUAUUCACAUCACUAUAGAUGCAUUGAAAUCCGAAGGAAUUCGCUGUUCGGUGGUCAGUUUGUCGGCAGAGGUUCGUGUAUGCAAAUUCCUCAGUACUGAGACAGGUGGUGUAUACGGUGCUGUUUUGGAUGAUGCACAUUUUAAAGAUCAAUUGCUGCAGCACAUUGAUCCCCCACAGGCUGGGAGUCAGCAGGAAUGUUCGAUGAUUAAAAUGGGAUUCCCGCACGGAAAAACCGAAUCAGGCAAGGAUCCACUUUUAACCAUGUGCAUGUGUCACAUCGAUAGUGCGGACGAACCGGCAAAGCUCACAUCCGGUGGAUAUCACUGUCCGCAGUGUUACAGCAAAUAUUGCGAGCUUCCAGUAGAAUGUGCCUCUUGUGGAUUAACACUAGCGUCAGCUCCUCAUCUGGCUCGAUCCUACCAUCACUUAUUCCCAGUUCCUCCGUUCCAAGAACUGCAAUAUCAACAGCAGGCCAACAUAUGCUAUGGGUGCCAGAAACUGUUCAAUGAAAGUGUCGAUAAGACAAUCUAUCGAUGCAACGCUUGCGAACAAACGUUUUGCAUCGAUUGUGACAUUUUUAUUCACGAGACGAUGCACUCAUGCGUCGGUUGCACGACGAUACCCGCUUCGGUACAGGCUCUGCAUGCUCGUAAGCCGGUUGCUCCACCACACAGUCUAUCGAUACUUUAAAAAAUCAUAAUGUAAUAAGCACAAAAUAAAUAUAGGAACAAAAUUUUGCUCUUCAGUUGUUUGUCGAUGUUUUUCCUCCCAUAUAACUCAGUUAUGCUGAGGUCUUCAGCAACAUAUGAAAAAUAACGGUAGAAAAAAAUGACAUGCAGAAAGGUGUUUGUUCUGGAUACAUGCAACGCAUUUGGAUUUUAUUAGCUAGUAAGGCUUAGUGGUUCAAUGAAUUGUAAUUAUAAAUACAGUGACCAUCUAUUCAAAGUUUACAAGCAACAUAAAUUGUGAAAGAGAAAAUAUAUCCGAGAUAAACAGGAUACUAACCAUUUUAAAUUGUACUAUUUUAACAGUGCGCUAACAGUCGGAAAUUUAACGAAUUU